UAGCCGGUGACCGGAGGAAGUAAUACAAGCGACAAAAUGGCCGCGCUAGCCGCUUAGUAAACAACAAAACUAGCUAACUUGACGCCGAAGAAGAUUUAAAGUUCUACCCCUGAUAGUGCUGCUCUCACUGUGGACUGUAUCGCUGUAUUUGUACCCAUGGCGAGCACGCUGGAUUUCAGGACCCACGUGGACCAGUCGUGCAGAUACUCGGAAGAGUUUGUCAACAUCUAUUACGACUGCAUGGACAAGAAGAGGAGGAACUUGACCAGACUCUACCUGGACAAGGCGACGUUGGUGUGGAAUGGCAACGCCAUGUCGGGACAUGACACUCUGGGCGAGUUCUUUGAGUCGCUGCCAUCAAGCGAGUUCCAAGUCCACACGCUGGACUGUCAGCCAGUUCAUGAACAAGCCACCCAAGGCCAGACAACGCUGCUCGUGGUCACCGGCGGGACCGUCAAGUUUGAAGGGAACAAACAGCGUUUCUUCAACCAGAACUUUCUGCUGACAGCUCAGGCGUCACCAAACAACGACCAGCCUGUUUGGAAAAUUGCGAGUGACUGUUUCCGAUUUCAGGACUGGAACAGCUGAUGGCCUUCCCCAUCUACGCCUCACUUAUGAACGGUCAACAGACAUGAUUGUGGAAAUAAAUAUGCUGUUAUUUGUUCUUUGUAAAAAAAAAAAUUUUUUUAUUAAAAAACAUGGAACGCUGA